UCGGAUAUCACUCAUCUCUCCAUUGUGUAUAUUUAUCAUUUUGGCCAUUCUUUUUCCAUCCUUUCUGCUAUUCACUAUAAAUAGAGCUUCAUUGGGUUGGGGGACUACUUGGGAAUGCCAUUCCAAAUGGAUACAAUUAGUUCUUCAACUCUGCUUCUGCCUUUGGAAACCAAGCCCAUGGUUUUCGACACAACUUUCCUCCAAAGGCAACCAAGUUUGCCCACUGAGUUCAUCUGGCCACAUUUGGAAGCCGUCAACACCCAAGAGGAUCUCAAAGAGCCAGUAAUAGACCUCCAAGGCUUCCUGAAAGGCGACGAGGCCGCGACGUCACAGGCAGCUGAGCUGGUGAGGGCCGCCUGCCUCCGGCACGGCUUCUUCCAAGUCACCAACCACGGCGUCGACCAGACCCUCAUUCGAGCCGCCCACCGCUACAUGGAUGCUUUCUUCAAGCUCCCCCUCAACCACAAGCUCAAGGCUCGUCGAAAACCUGGCUGCGUUUUCGGGUAUUCGGGUGCCCAUGCUGGCCGCUACUCCUCCAAUUUGCCGUGGAAGGAGACAUUUUCCUUCGGCUACCAAGAGAGUAGUGCCCCUCUCCCCGUCGUCGUGGAUUACUUCAAGUCUGUCCUUGGAGAUGACUUCGAAGAGACAGGGUGGGUAUAUGAGAGAUAUUGCGAGGAAAUGAAGAGAUUAUCCCUUGCGAUAAUGGAGCUGUUGGCAAUAAGCCUGGGAGUGGAGCGAGAACACUACAGGAAAUUCUUUGAAGAUGGAAGCUCAAUAAUGAGGUGCAACUACUAUCCACCUUGCAGGGAACCAGGCCUCACGCUGGGCACAGGCCCUCACUGCGACCCCACAUCUCUCACAAUACUCCAUCAAGAUGAAGUUGGGGGCCUUCAAGUCUUUGCAAACAACAAAUGGCAAGCUGUGCAGCCCCGCUCUGAUGCCUUUGUCAUCAACAUUGGCGAUACAUUCACGGCAUUGUGCAAUGGGAGAUACAAGAGUUGCCUGCACAGGGCAGUGGUGAAUAUGGAAAGAGAGAGAAGAUCGUUGGCUUUCUUUGUGUGCCCGAAAGAGGACAAAGUGGUAAGACCCCCUCGAGAUCUAGUUGACAGGGAAGAGCCAAGGAAGUACCCGGAUUUCACAUGGUCCGAUUUGUUGGAGUUCACACAAAACCACUACAGGGCAGAUGUUGCUACCCUUCAGACCUUCAUUCAUUGGCAUCUCUCAUCCAAGCCCAACUAAUUGUUUGUUUAUCGGAAAUUUCUGAUCAUAUUAUUCAUCAUUCAUUUCCCUUACCAUCUCUCUUCCCCCCCUCCCCCUCCCUCUCUCAUGUAAAUAUAUAUAUAAAUAUAUGUACGUGAUUGGUAGGAUUUUUCCUACUUAUCAUCAUAUGUCAUGCUCCUUUUUCCUGUACACACAUGCAUGAGCUUAAUUUGUAAUUUUGUAUUGACAUAUAUAUAUAUAUAUGCUUUUACAAGCAUCAAUGUUCACAAGCCAGUACACGUUUGUAUUGACACCCUUCUUUUUGUGCAUCAAUCUUGAAUUCAU